UGCUCACACCCGGUGAAGUUCAAGAUAGUCUACAGUUAUCUCAUUGUGAAGUUCAAGAUAGUCUACAGUUGUUUCACGGUGAAGUUCAAGAUAGUCUACAGUUAUCUCAUUGUGAAGUUCAAGAUAGUCUACAGUUGUUUCAUUGUGAAGUUCAAGAUAGUCUACGGACUCAAUAUCAACGCAGUUGGACGGAGUUACUUGUUGCUUCAGGGAUGCGACCUCUCCAUCAAGAAGGUCGACGACAUCAAACUCAAGAUCGACGGGGACCUCAGACGGUAUAAUGACAUCAAAGCUAUCAUGACACGUCUCGCCAAGCAGUCACUGGCUCAGAACAACCCAGAACAGUACGAAGGCUUCUGGGUCGACUCAGAUGAAGAAGAGUACUGGGAUUACUACGGCUACUACGACGACUACGGCCAGUGGCAGUACUACGAGGAUGACGAAUGGUGGGACGAGGAAGAACAAUAUGACGAGCAGUAUUCUCCACCCGGGGCUUCAGCAGCAGAUGACGAGGCGUACAAGGGAUCCGGCAAGGGCAAGAAAGGAAACCCAGGCAACUGCAGCAAGUGCGGUUCGAGAUGGCAUCGAUCUGAAGACUGCCCUGCCGCAGGCAAGAAGGACACCAAGAAAGGCGACGACAACAAAGGGAACGGCAAAAGCAAGUCGGACUCGAACAACGGCAAGGGCAAGUAUCGUGGCGGAAAGAGCCGCGGUCGAGGCAAAGGACGAGGAAAAGGUUACCGUGGCAGAGGCAAAGGCAAAGGCAAGAAGAGCAAGGGCCACUACGGUGACGACUACGACGAGGAGUACUCCGACGAUGAUUGGGACUGGAGUACCUCUCACGGCAGUUGGUAUGCGACGAGAACCAAGACCCAGAACAAGGACGCGCUGUGGAAGCCGAACCCCGUCGCCUACCUCGCGGAAUCGUUCCUGGAGGUCAACACGAGCUAUCAUUCUAUCAAAGGCACCAAGAGGUUUGGUCUGCUUUACGAUCCUGGUGCAUCGUCAGGCAUCAUCGGCACGGACACGGUACGGGAAUAUCAGCAGGAGAUUCUCGGCGGCGCAGAGAUCGAAUCCAGACCAACCCGAGCUCAGUUCACGGGCAUCGACGGCAAGCCUACACCUGGCAUCGGCAAGGCGAUCGUACCACUACGCAUCCCAGCCAUGAAGGACGCGACGUUCACUGGAGACAUGAUCGGAGGCAUGGGAAGCUGGUGCCCGGCUCUGAUGCCAUUGCCAACCUCGAUCAGAUACAGGGCCAUCAUGUUCUCGGCGAUGUUCGACAACGGUGACGGCAUCCUGGUGAUCUUCCCUGACAAUCGACGACUUGGCAAUCGAGCUACACCAGUGUAUAUCAGGCUCCUGUUGACUGACUCUCGGCACUACAUCAUCCCGACGGACAACCAGCAUAUCCGAGAAGAAGUUGAUCAACAAUAUCUUCAUGGAGUUCUUCUGGACCAUCUUCAAAUAUUCUGGGACUUCAAACCAUCCCGCUCUGGAGGCAGAUCGGCGGAAUUUCAAGUGGAUACAGCGCCCGCGGACACUAGCACCGGAGCGAAGUCAUCGACUUUUUCGGGCAUGAGCAGGGAUGCGACCAACCCAGAAAUUCUGAAGCAGCUGGACCAUCUCAGCAAGAGCAUCGAGAGCAUCAAGGAUCACAUCGGCCAGCCCGCAGCUCCCAACACGCACCACUUCGUGAGCAUGGAGACGGCAUUCGCUGGACACAGUUGCGGAGACGACAAGUGCACUCAAGACCACCAGUAUCCUACGAGGAAAACGACUAUUACAAGAACACAAAACUUCUGGAAGGUCUGGGGCAUGUUCAAGGGCAGCGGCUUUACUGGCGAUAUGAUUCCAGACGGCCUGAAUCCGGCGCAACAAGAACGAAUGCAGAAGAACUACCAGGGUAUCCCAGAGAAAUUCUACACCAAGACGAAACUGACGGUCAUUACCCCCAGAAAUGCGGACAGCUUCCUGAAACAUCUUCAAAAUUACAAGAUCACGAGCGUGGACAUGCAGGAACACUUCUCGGGAAGCAGUACCUUGUCAUUCUGGGCAUGGAGGUGCGAAUUCUCUGUAUUAUUCCCAACGGACAUGAGAUGCGGCUGGAACCUCGGGCUGAAGGAACGCCAGGACAUCAUUUCCAGAUUUCAGAAGGCCAUCCGUAUCCAGGUGAAAUUCUACACGCCAGAGUGUACCCCCUGGUCACAGGCGAGUCAGACGGCAGAUCCAGAGAGAAAGGCAGCGAAUCGCUCAGCAGAUCUUCCAGCACUUCAAUGGGUAUCCGACGAGUGCAAGAACACGAACCUGGACGGCACGGACUACGUCAUAGAGAACCCGGCCAAGAGCGCGAUCUGGGAGGAGUCACCCUUGAAGGGGCUGCAGAGCGACGAGCGCAUGUACAACAACAUCUGCGACCAGUGCCAGCACGGAGCUCAGGACGCAGAAGGCGCCCAGACAUCGAAGGCCAAGAUCUUCACAGAGAAGCUAUGCAAGAACAUCUUGAAGGACAUCGGCAAGCGCAUCGAGAUGACGCUCAAGACACCAUUGGACCUUCUUUUCUGGACGUGCGAGAGCAUCAGCAGUAAAUCACCCAAGAAGGAAAUAGUGAUCAAGCCCAAUUUCGACUUGCAGCGCUUCAAACAUCAACUCGAAGAGGCGGCUUCGGAUCAAGCACGACUGGCAUUGCUCCUGGGAUUUCAUCUGAAGUUCUGGCACGCUACACCUGAUGAGAUGGCGAGACUACUGGCGGCCCUUGGAGUGGAACCGAACAUCAUCAAGCUUUGCCCACAAGUGGUCAAGGAUCUGUGCGAAGGUUGUCGCAAGUAUGCUAUGCCGUUGCACCGACCAGCGUUUCGCGCACACAUCACAACGAAGUUCAACGAGCGAGUUCAAGGCGAUUUAUUCUUCCUGUGGGACAUGAUAUGGCUCAUUCUAGUGGACGAGCACAUCAGAUACAAGGUCAUCGGAGUGAUGAAGGACAAGACGGCCCCAGAGUACCUACGAGCUCUAACCUCGGACCUCGUUGGAACGACGCUGGACAGGUACACGAUCAAGCGAGAGUUUGCCGGCACGGACCCGAACAAAGAGGAGAAGAGUACUACUGGAUUGGUGGAAUCUCACAUUCGUAUGACCAAGUCUAUAGCGUUGAAGAACGAGGUGGUCGCCAAGCGAGAGGGCCUCAACAUUUCCAAGGAGACGCUAGUGUACGAGGCGGCGAUGGCGCAGAACUUAUUGCUCAACUUCGGUGGAAACACGCCCGCCAAUGCACUUUUCGGCUACACUCCUAGGGACUUCUACGACGAGAACUCAGCGACCACCAUGGCCCACAAGGGCGCGCUCGAGAUUUCACCUGACACGUUUGAGUCGAACGUACGUAUGCGAUUGUUAUCCAAGCAGAAUGUCCUGAAUACGAUCGUUGAGGAACGCCUCGCCAUAGCCAAUAAGUCUCGACCACAGAAACUGGACACCGAGAGGAUCAAGGUCGGUGACAAGGUGGACUUGUAUCGCACACCGAGCAAGAAGGAUCAAGAGGGCUGGCGAGGACCAUGUGAUCUACUACAUAUGAAGAGCACAGGAGCGAUCGUGGUAUGGAAUGGAUAUCCCUACAUCGUUCCACUGCGGCACAUUCGGAUUCAUCAGAGAUUAGCAGCUUGGACCAACAGCUACGAGCGUCGACAUACAGCAUCUUCACCUUCGGUGUACUUGGUCACGGAUUAUACCGACAUGCUUGACAUUGUGGAAGGCACGGUUCCGUUCAAGCCGCAGAUCGUGGGCAUGCUGAUUGGCGCCGACGGCAAGAUGCGAGCCUCAUCCAGUAUGGGAGAGACACCUCCCAAGGUUUGGAUUCUAGCUAAGCAGUGCGCAGAGGACGAAUGGGGAAUCAAAAUCGACGGUAUUGUCUUUGGCAGAUGUGUUCGACGGUUGUACGCGGUUACUGGAGCUACUUUCGGACGACAGGUGACUUGGGACUGCACGAGACGCGAUCAGUAUGUGACAACGGACAUCAAUCCCAGCAGGCAGGUAUUGGACAUCAUCAAUGCCAUUCCGAACAUGAGCGACGUCAAUGCGUGCAGCAUCCUGUUCUAUUCCUUCUCAUCACUGGCAGAAGACGAGGAAACGAAGAAGUAUGUCAUCCCCGACUUCUCGGACAUCUCGGCGAUCGAUCCCGACGACGAGAGCAUGCUAUGGCGGAAGAACAACAACAAGGAGGACAACCACCGCCACCUGGACCGCCUCCGGCACCAGCAGUGGCAGUACAGCAUCCUGGACAUGGACAUCCUCAAGCAGCAGAAGUACAUCCUGGACUUGGACCUCCUGCUCCACCAGCUCCUCCGGCAGCUGGAAUCCGACUUCGACCCGAACACGACCAACUACCACUUCCAGCAGGACUGCCAUACGGCGGAGGACCACCUCCGGGACCUCCACCUGCUCCUGGACGAGCAGUGGCAGCGGCUCCAAGCCCGCA